AUGGUACUUCAAGAUCCACUUCUUGACAUUGCCAAUCAAAUUGUUACAGAAAAUAUACCAUCCUCCCAUUCAAACGAAUCAAAAGAUAUAGCUUUCAGCAUUUCCCCUUUCUGUCUACAAGAUGAUACUUCUUUAAUUUUAAAAGACACAACCUCGGCUGGAGUCAGUCAAGUAGAAAGUUCUCAUGCAAUAAUUGCAGAAAAAAAAGAUAAGAGCGAUUAUGUCGAAGUCAUGGAGAAUAAUGAAACUACAUUAGAGUCUCAACCUGUAUAUCACCUUUCUGGAGAGAACAUAGAUACCACAGAUUCUGCUGUACAGGAAUUUCCCAAAAUAGUUCAUACCACAGAAAGGAGUGGAUGUGAAGAGCAGUUUGCUCUCAUGGACAACAAGGAAAACGAAUGCAAUAAUACUUCAAACUCCAUUAACUCCAAACAAUUCGAAUAUGAAAUUAGCGAAUACGUAAAUCCUACCAAGCUAUACAUCACGAGAAAGAGAAAAAAGAACUACCAAAUUUCUCCGGUGUACUCUAAUGAAAGUGACGUAGAUUUAAGUGACACUGAUCCGACCUACAAAGGGGAGCAAGACGACAAAAUGAAAAAAAUACAAAUUUUCAAUAGAAGUAACAGCUCUUCGACUUCUAAUGAUACUUCCAGUUCGUCUUCUAGCGAUACUUCCAGUUCGUCUUCAUCGACGUCAUCAGGAGAAAAUACCCCAUCGACAUCUAAAAAUACUAAAAAACGAACGCGAAAUCCUGAAAAAUGGAAACAAAACCUAACAAAACGGUUAAGAAAUACCGGUCAAUCCUAUGUCUCGAUGUCAAAAUCCAAGAAAAUCUUUGCAGCUAGGAGUGUCAAGUCGCCUUGCCCUGAAAAAUGCAGACUCAAAUGCAGGGACAACAUAAAUGAGAAUGAAAGAGCUUCUAUAUUUCAAAAAUUCUGGAAUUUAUCGGAUAUAAACAAACAACGUUUGUUUGUACAAUCUUGUUUGCGAAAUGUCUCACCCAGGUACAAAUACACGAAUGCUGUACAUGAGCUUACUUUUGAGUCAUUCCUUAAUUUGAAAAAACUCCAAGAAGAAUGGGAAUAUAAUUACAAUUUUGAUACCUCAGGAAAUACUGUGUUGUGGAAUAACAUUAAGGUGAUGAUGUUUAGAAAAGAAAAACCUUUUAGUUUCUUUUAUAAAACAUCCUACAAGCAGGAGAAUUUUUUUGAAGUUAAUCUGAGAAAUAAAAGAAGGAAGAUGCUUUCUUUGGAGGAAAUUACUCUUGAAAAAGCAUACCAGAAUAAACUCGAAUUGAGCGAAAAUAAGAAAAAGGAUCUGAGAGAACUUAUUUCUAAAAAUUUGAUUCCCAAUUAUUACGCAGAUUUUUAUUCCAGAGAAGCGACAGAUAAAGUAGACAAAGUGAUAUUUGGGCCGGAAGAAACUAUGCCGGAAUCCUAUUUACCACCUUCAGAGACGGAACCAACAGGUAAACCAGCUGAAGAAACUAACAAUAACACAGGUCCUGUCCUUUAUCCUCCAAAGGAUUAAAAUUCAUUAUUUUUGGUAAUAAAAAUAAUUUAAUAGCAAGAUCUACAAACA